AUGUCUGGACCUCCACCAGUAGUUCGAGCUAUAUACUCAAAUACUGAGGUUUACGAAUGUGAUAUGAAUGAUUCUCCUAUAAUGAGGAGAUGUAAAGACGAUUGGGUGAAUGCUACACAGAUUUUGAAAUGUUGUAAUUUUCCCAAGGCUAAACGAACAAAAAUUUUGGAAAAGGGCGUACAGCAAGGAUUACACGAAAAAGUUCAGGGAGGAUUUGGUCGUUUCCAAGGAACCUGGAUCCCACUUGAAGAUGCCCGUCGGCUUGCUUGUACAUAUGGAGUAACAAGAGAGUUAGCACCGGUUUUGUUUUUAGAUUUCAACGAUCCAAAUUUGGUAAUUCCCGUGAAAGCAAAACCUCCACCUAAGGAAAACACCAAUUUGGUCAAACGGAAAUAUAUCAAAAAACCAAAACAGCCAGGUGAUACACCUAAAAAGUACAAGACAGGGAAGAAGGCAGCUUUGCAACAAGCAGCAGAGGAAGCAGCAGCCGCAGCAGCUGGAGCUGAUAUACUGAUGGGCGACAUGCCACCCUCCGCACAUAGCUCAUUUGUUUCUCAAGAUACAAGCGGUGCUCAUUCAAGACAAAACUCGUUCGUCGUUCCACCCAAUUCGUAUCCACAAGUGUUCAGCAAUGGUCAACAAGGUGUUGCAAAGUCAUUACCACACCCAGUGCCACCACAGUUUGACCACAUGGCAAUGACACCUCAUAGUGCAGGUACCUCAUUUUCACAAUCAGAAUAUGCAUCAAUAAAUGGCAGUAGUAGUCUACCUAAUUCCCAAAAUGGGUAUCCAAACCCACAAUUAAUACUGCGAUUUCAGCAAUUUCAACCACAACAAUUCCCUCAAGUGUAUCCUCAACAAAGCAGCAAUGUGAGACAAUUUCCUGUACCUAUACCUAACCCAAUUCCACUACAGGUGUAUGCAGAGAAUAAAGUACUAUCGUCGCAAUCAUCCAACGAGUCAAACUGGUCAAUGCACAACGAUCCAAAGGAAAGCGAUACGUCAAUGAACUCUAGUGUUGAGGAUAGAAAACUGUUCAACAAUGGUAAUCAAUUGCCACAAGAUGAAUCAAGUCCCGGUGAUGAUAAUAGUUAUGCAGCGCAACUUUUGAAAUUCUUUAGUGAAGAUAGUGCUGAUAUUCCGUAUUUUGUACACAACCCACCUUCUGAUUUCAAUAUUAACGAGCCCAUCGACGACGAAGGACAUACUCCAUUGCAUUGGGCUGCGUCUAUUGGUAAUUACGAAAUGAUACAUAUUUUGAUGAAUAAAGGAGCAAACCCGUUGAUUGUAAAUAAUUUUGGAUUGAACCCAUUAUCAAAGUUGAUUUCAUUCAACAAUUGUUAUGAAUUGAGAAAUUUUGACAAAGUAUUGAACGAUUUAGAAUUAUGUUUGAUCAAUACUGACAUAAAUGGAAGAACGCCACUACAUUAUCUAUGUCAAUUUGCCAAAGUCAAAUCAAAAUUUGAUAGUUUGCAAUCAUAUUUGAACUCAAUUUUGACAAAGUUGCAAAUCCUAACUGAUCUGAGCCAAACGAGGCUGGUUAAUUUGAUGAAGAACGUAUUGAACCAUCAAGAUGUACGAGGCGACACAUGUUUACAUAUUGCUAUUAAAUCUGGGUGUAUUAGUUUUGUUCAAACCUUGCUUAAAUAUGGUACAAGAGAUGACAUCGAAAACAUUGAUCGGGAAACCGCUAGAGGCUUGAUUAUGCAAUAUAAUCUAAUACCGAAUUAUGCGCAGAUUGGUGCUGCACAAGAAGCAUAUCAAACUCAACUAUCAAUGGACUAUUACGAACCAAGGGAUAAUGGGCGUACUUUACAAGAUCAACCAGCUCCAAUUCAAGGUUUGGCAACUCCAAUUCAACCUAAUUUCCAACGAGUUGAAACGCCUGAUACACAAAAAACUACAGUUCAAGAUGAUGAUGUUGAAGAAGAAGACGAAGAAAUGGCCAGGGUUGAUAGUAGACAUCUUGAAGCUUUGAAUGACGAUGACAAGGAGAACAUAUUCAUUGAAAAACAUGGUGAUAAUGUGUCACCACCUGGACACAAAAAUCAACUCACUUCAGCACAUCAACCACUAGCUGUGAUAUCAGAAAUCGAGGUAGCAGGAUCUCCUGUUUCUGGCACUGGUACCCAACACCCAUUGACACUGCGUUCGCCUCCAUUGCAACAUAAUAAAAUGACGCAUCAAGACAGUCACGAGAUGGCCUCUCAUUCACUGCGCCGAGUUUUCAAAAGACCAAAUCCCCCUAAAUUGGACAACGAGGGCAAGAUCAUCAAAAAUGAAAUUGAUAAGCCCCACCUCCCUUUUGAAGAUUUAUCAACAAUGAUUACAGGAAUGAUCAGUUCGUUGUCUGGCUCAUACAACGAUGAAUCGAGUAGACUAGACAAAGAGUUAGCUCAAUUAAAAUCUUCAAUUGCUGAAAAACAAAGUGAAACAAACAAGGCUGUCAAGUACAUAAAGAAGCUAUUCCUCAGUUCCGGUAUUGAAGCAGAAAGCCAUGAGAUUAAUAACAUUGAGGAAGCACAAUCUAUUGUCAAUCGACAUAUCCAACUUUGCCAACAAAGCAUAUCCAAGAACGAAUCUAAGAUAACCAACAUUAUGCAACGCAAUCAAGCAUAUGAAUUAGCUUCAUUAGUACAAAGAGAAGAGCAAGCGGUUAUGGAUACAAAACAAGAUACUGAAGAUGACAAUGAUGGAUUAGUCAAUGAAGAAAAAUCUGAUUUGGCUAUUGAAUUGACCAAACAUCAAUUACAAAGAAACAAAUUAGUGAGUGAAGUUGCUAAAAGGACGAAAAUGUUUGGUAUUGAUGAUACGAUGUACAAAUAUAGAAAAUUGUUGAGUUUAAGUUGUGGUGUACGCGUGGAGGAUAUUGAUAGCUUGAUUGAUGGAAUUGCUGAGUCUUUAACUGAAGGUCGUUAA